AUUAAACUUUGUGAUCCCCAAGAACCCUGUCUCUGUACACAAAUGAAAAAAAAGUUGUGAUGUUGUUCCCUGCUCAGCUUUUGUAUAGAUCCAAGAGUAUGUGAGAGACGAAGCCUUUUAUAGUAUUUUAUAGGUCAUUCCACGUUUAGAGCUGUCUGAAGUGAGUGGUCCUGAGCAUAAUGGCAGAAAUGAUCACCAAGCUUCUCCACCUGAGAGCUUUGGCCUUUCUGUUCUUCUGCCUCUUUGUCUUUUCGCUCGGAGAAGAGCUGACUAGCUGCAACACAACAUCAUAUCCAGAUGUCUCUGGCUACCGUUGCAGUAAAAAUGAAUCACAAUGUGGAACAUUUGCAGUUUUCUUUACCAAUUCAUACUACUCAUCUCUCUUCAAUUUGAGCUUUUACUUGGGAUUCAACCGUUACGUGAUUGCAGAUGCAAAUGGGUUUUCUGCAGAAACAGAGUUUCUUCUUCAUGAUCAACCUUUACUAAUACCAAUAGACUGCAAAUGCAAAGGUGGCUUCUAUAGCGCUGAGAUAAGCAAGACUACCAUUAAAGGUGAGAGCUUUUAUGGUAUUGCUCAAUCGUUGGAAGGCUUGACAACCUGCAUGGCUAUUAGUGAUAAGAAUCCAGGCGUGUCACCUUGGGAUCUCGAUGAUGAUACCAGAUUGCUGAUCCCUCUGAGAUGUGCGUGUCCCUUAUCAUCUAAAGUUUCUCCAGAGCCAAAGCUUGUGAUUUCUUACCCUGUGACAGAAGGCGAUACAGUUCACAAUUUGGCAUCAAAGUUUAAUACUACCGCCGAAGCAAUAAUCUCCGCAAAUAGCAUAUUUUCCAGAGAUUUUAACCCCGCGAAGCUCACACCCUUUACCUCGCUUCUCAUCCCACUUAAUGGUAAGCCUGUUCUUGGUUCUCUGGCCAAACCCAAGGAACCCAGUUCUGGUAAUCAAUCAAGCAGCAUUACAGCAAUUAAACCACCACAUAGGAAACCCAAAACGUGGAAGGGUGAACUGUACAUUGGGUUAGCUGGGGUCGUAGUCGGACUUCUGUUUGCUUUUCUAGCAGCUUUUGCGGUGGUUCGAUUGAGAAACGAGAAGAAAGAGAAAUCUGCCAAAAGAAACAAUUUGGAGCUGCAACAUCUUGAUAUGAGUGUAAGAACCACCAGCGACAAGAAAGUUUCGUUCGAGGGAUCCCACUAUGGGAAAAUCAUCGACACAACUCCUCGUAAGAUGCUGCUGGAGACAUACACUAUUGAAGACCUCGGAAAAGCAACGGAGGAUUUCAGUUCAAGCAAUCUCAUAGAAGGACCUGUAUUUCACGGCCGUCUAGAAGGGAAGAACAUGGCAAUCAAGCAAACACACACAGAGACGGUGUUAAAAAUCGACAUGGGGCUCUUCCAUAACCCGAUCCACCAUCAUCCCAACAUUCUUCGGAUGCUCGGAACGUGUUUAACAGAAGGUCCCGAGUCAUACCUGGUCUUCGAGUAUGCAAAAAACGGGUCUUUGAAAGACUGGCUUCAUGGUGGGUUGGCCAUAAAGAACGAGUUCAUAUCAUCCUGCUAUUGCUUCCUCGAAUGGAGUCAGAGGCUCAGGAUCUGCCUAGACGUGGCCAUGGCCCUGCAAUAUAUGCACCACGUCAUGAACCCAAGCUAUGUCCAUAGAAAUAUCAAGAGCAGGAACAUCUUUCUAGACGAAGAAUUUGGUGCCAAGAUAGGGAACUUUGGGAUGGCAGGGUGUGCUGAGAACGAGACAGAGGAUCCAAAGUUCUACUCGACCAACCCUGCAUCUUGGAGUCUUGGUUAUUUGGCACCAGAAUAUGUACACCAAGGUGCAAUUUCUACAAGCACUGAUAUUUUCGCUUAUGGGGUGGUUUUGCUGGAAGUUCUGUCUGGUCAGACACCUAUAAGCAGACCGAUUGAGAAGGGAGAAGGAAGCGUUUGGCUCACUGAUAAAAUAAAGUCUGUUUUGAAGUCAGAAAGUGAGGAAGAACUGAGAGGGUGGAUGGACAAGACAUUAGGUGAGAAUUAUUCAUUCGAUGCAGCAGUAACGGUGGCAAACAUUGCUAGAGCUUGUGUGGAGGAAGAUUAUGGUAUGAGGCCAAGUGCAGGGGAAGUCGUGGAAAAGCUAACCAGAUUGGUCAAGGAACUUCCGGAAGAAGACCACAUGCUGAUGUCUGAAAGCUCUUCCAAGCCUCUGGUGAAAGCACCAGCAAAACCCUGA